AUGUUCCAACACCAAUCAGUGUCACAUUACACGAGCGGUCUGUAUUAUCGCGGCCAGCCCAAUGGAUGGCGUCAGGAGAAGAACUUCCUUCCCCAAGUUCAAAUGGAAGCACAUGCCACAAUCCUCACAACCACCUCACGAACAGUGCUUACACAGACCUUCGUCAACCCAUCGACUGAGAAAGGCAUCCGGGAAUGCCGAUAUAUGUUCCCGCUCUACAAUGGAGUCAGUGUUGUGGGCUUCACAUGCCAUAUUGGAGAGCGAACUAUAGUGGGCGAAGUGAAGGAGAAGGAGAAGGCGAGGGCUGUAUAUCAAGAAGCAACCGCGAGGGGUGAGGCAGCUGGUUUACUUGAACAGUUACCAGAUGCUUCUGAUGUUUUCACGACUACUGUUGGUAACAUCCCACCCAGAGCAAAGGUUGUCAUCAAAAUCACGUACCUUGGCGAGUUGAAGCACGAUAUGGAAGUUGACGGCAUCCGGUUCACCAUUCCAACCUUCAUCUGCCCGCGCUAUGGCUCAUACCCUGGAGUCUUGCGUACAACUCCCGCCACUAAUGCCAUGGGUGGUAGCAUCUCGAUUACUGUCGACGCAGAGAUGGCAGACGGAUCCUUCAUUCAAAAGAUGCAGUCACCAACCCACCCAAUCGCCAUGACCAUGGGCACAACUUCAGUUGCUCCAAAUGCAGAGCCCACAAUGACAAAAGCCUCUGCAACACUUACCCUUGGAACCGCGGAGCUGGAGACUGACUUUGUCUUGCAAAUCAUCGCAAAGAACACUGGAACCCCAAAAGCCAUCAUCGAGAACCAUCCGACCAUCGCCAAUCACAGAGCUCUGAUGGCUACUCUAGUACCAAAGUUCUCACUUCGCCCUGAAACCCCCGAGAUCGUGUUCGUAUGCGAUCGCAGCGGAAGCAUGCAAACCGCAAUAGAUCUUGCCAAACAAGCACUCCAGGUUUUCUUAAAAUCGCUUCCCAUUGGUGUCAAGUUCAACAUAUGUUCUUUCGGCAACACGCACUCUUUCCUUUGGCCUAAGAGCGUCACAUAUAGUCAAGAGACGCUUGACCUGGCUAUCAAUCAUGUGAAUAGCAUGACGGCUAAUUAUGGCGGCACAGAGAUGCUACAGCCACUGCAAGCAACGAUCGAGAAUCGAUACAAAGACAUGGCGCUUGACAUCAUGUUGCUCACCGACGGCGAGAUCUGGCGCCAACAACAACUCUUCUCAUACCUCAAUCAAUCCGUUUUGGAAAGUAAGGAUCCAAUCCGGGUCUUCACUUUGGGAGUUGGAAUGGGAGUAUCGCAUGCGCUCAUCGAAGGUAUAGCCAAAGCAGGAAAUGGCUUCUCGCAGACAGUUGGCGAUGGCGAGAAGAUGGAUAAGAAGAUUGUCCGAAUGUUGAAGGGAGCGUUAUCUCCGCAUAUUACCGACUACACUCUCGAAGUCAAGUACGGUAACAGGGACCUGUCGAAACCUCCUAGCGAUGAUGAUAUGGAUGAUUUCGAGAUCAUUGAGAAGGUUGUUGAUAGUCUCAAGGUGAAGCUCGAUCUAGAGGAAGAGGAAACAGGCCCUGAGAAGACUCAACAACCCAUAUCCCUAUUCGAUCCGGCCGCUGAUCCCGAUGAAGAGGGUCCUGUAGCACACGAUGAGACGGGUGAACAACGAUACGCGCACCUCCCCAGUAUUCCUGUACCAAAGAUUAUACAAGCGCCACAGCAGAUACCUUCACUAUUUGCUUUCAACAGAACGACAGUAUAUCUCCUGUUGGACCCCGAAGCUCUGCAAGCAACACCUCAGUCUGUUAUUCUACGCGGAACGAGCGUCCAAGGACCGCUUGAGCUCGAGAUUCCUAUCCAGAUUCUCGAUACACCCGGUGAAACCAUCCAUCAACUUGCCGCCAAGAAAGCCAUUUCCGAGCUGGAACAAGGCCGCGGAUGGACUUCACAAGCGAAAGAUGAAUCAGACGUUCUAAUCAAGACGAAGUUCGAAGGUCGCUAUGAAAACAUGGUUGAACGAGAGGCUGUACGAUUGGGCGUGCAGUUUCAGGUUGGCGGGAAAUGGUGUUCCUUUGUUGCCGUAGAGGCGAAGAAGGGCGGUGCUGAAGAGCAGGAUAGUAAAACUAAGGACUGGGAGUGGCUAGAAGACGAGCCUGUUGUGAACCCGCAAUCUCAGCAACAUCAAGUCUUUAACCCUUUCCCCCGCAAUUCCGGAACGGGUCCCAUGAACCAGCCAUCACCAAGCCUAUUCGCACAGCGAUCUAGUGGGCCAACACAACCCAUGGUUAGCAACGCUCCUGUCGCCUCCUACCUGCAUAUGGGAUGGGAGGACCCAAAGACAUCCACGUUCGCUCAUUCUUCCGCACCUACUCUUCCUCCUUUCACCUCUCCAGUGGCUGUAGUGGCUCCAGUGGUCGCCCUAAUCGGCGAACCACUCCUCCACCAUCUCAUUUCUCUACAGACUUUCGCAGGCUCUUGGGCUUACGACUCAUCGUUGUUCAAGUGCCUUGGUUUGGACGAGACGACCGUGAAAUCUCGUAUUCCUACUGGCGUGAAUCAGACAGCAUUUGCUACUGCGCUUGUGAUUGCAGUAUUUGAGGAAAGAUUGGGUGAAUGGGAGGGUAGUUGGGAGCUGAUCGUUGAGAAAGCGAGGGCGUUGCUGGAGAGUAAGGUCGGAGGUACGGCGAGGGCGGAGGAGAUUAUUGAGAGGGCGAAGGAGGUGUUGAAAAAUUGA